AUCAUGAAGAGAAAAUGAAGGAGCUUGAUUUUACUGAUUUUGUUUCAGAGAGACAAAUAAUUUCUUAAACUAGAUGUACCAAAGUUUUUAUUCUUUAAAUACAAAAUUAAAUGAUGAUAAAAGCUGCUCCAAUGGGCAGAAGGGAGAAGUAUGUGUGAUGGUGGGUUAGAUGGUGUUUUUGUUUCUUUUUACGUUAAAAGUUUGGAUCAUUUUUUUUAGUGACUAUUUCGUUAACAGCCUUUUCCUUUUAAGAUCACUUCGGCUGAACGACACUUUGGACUUUAGUUGAACAUUUGGAGAUGUUUGACAACAACAAAGAAAACUAUUCUAUUCUAAUACACCACUAAGUGAUAUCCAACACAAAUAUAAUUUAAAAUCAAAAAUGUUUCUAUUUUUAGAUAUAGUUUAGUCACUGUAUUCUUUGAAAAUCUUCCUAAAACAAAGUUUAUAUCACACAGCUGUGAGGAUGGAGAGAAAGAUGAGAAAAGAGAGAAAGAAUCAGGACAGAUGGAGGAAAGAAACAGGCUGGACUUCUGGUGGACGUUCAGGGCAAAGCCAGUUUAUACCAAGUCAGUCAUUUUUAAAGAGUAUUCUUAAUUUAAAAAAAAAGCAUUAGAAAGAUGUUUGAUUUAUUUAAAACAUGAAAUAAUUGUUGCUUGGCCGUAUGAUUGAGUAAAGAAGAACACAGGCAAGAGGUGAAGGAGACAGACAUGAGAUUAGUGAUGCAUCUGAUAGAAAAGAGAGCAGAGAUGACUUCAGGGAGGAAUCAUUAAACUAUUAAAGCCACAAAAACCUAGAUGCUCAUUCUGGUUUAAACUUCUGCUGACCACCUGUUCACUUAUUUUGGGAAAACAAGUGCAGACAUACAUGACAAGUCAGUCCCAACCAAGAAGAACAAGGAGAGAAGUUCAGAUAAUGAUGAUGAUGGAGAGAAAAAGAGAGGAUCAGCUGAUGAUGAAGAGGGAGAAGAACAGAGAGGUACAGAGGUCAGAAGAUCCUUCUAAAUGGCCUUCAAUACACAAAUUUGGGGAAUCAUUGAGGAAAUAUACGGUUGAAAAUACCUCACUAAAAUGUUCUGCUGGGUCAAAUCCAUAAUCAGAUAAGAAGUAAAGAGAUUCAUACAUUUCAACAAUAACGGUGUUGUGUGGAUGUUUAGAUAGCUUUAGGAGGGGGGGGGGGUUACGUGGCCGCAGACUAUGAAAUUAGGUAGUUGCGCCCCUGGGGUCAUUGUUGACAAAAUCGGACUUUUUCACUUGUAUGCAUACAUCUAAUUAAGACGCCUUUCUUUCUUUUUUAAUAAAGUAGUUACAAAACGUCAAUGAAAUAAAACCAUGAAAUUCAGAAGAAGUUUUUUUUUCCCUUUUUUUUUUCUCCACAACACGCUCACAAAGAACUACCGGUUUUGAUUGGUUUACUGUGUGUCUAGUGGAGCGACGUUGACCAAUCAGACGUCUUACUGUACCUGGGUACUGUCCAAUCACAGCUUGAGCUUAAACAGACUAGGCCCCGCCCACAGGCAUCAGCCAGUAGCCUGGACGGAACAACUGUCAUUUAGAGUGAGUGGACAGGAUGGGGAACACCUAAGAACCCAACAACAGAGAUAACUACUUUAAACUCGUUUUAAAGUUAUUUUCUCGGUUCGUUACGGAACGUUUUCGGGUCCUGUAGCCCUCUCUUCCUACAGAGCAGCCGCCGCUUCGCCAGGACGCGUUCCUCGGAGCGAUAGGAUAACUGGGCCAAAAGCGGCAUGUCCGCUCCCACUAACUCGCAUCAGCAGCCGCGGGUGAGGCGGAGCAAUGCCGGCUCCCCCGGCGGCAGCAGCUGCCGCCUGCACCCCAUCCGCGCCACCGUGCCCUACCAGCUCCUGCGCGCGGACCGUCAGUGCAGUCCGACCCGGUCGCAGACUCUGCACGGAGGAGCCACGAACAGCCGCGGCUCGAGCCCCACCGCCAGUCCACAGCUCGGCGCCGGGAGCGUGAAACAAAGCCUGUCCCCCGAAAACAGAGAGGCGUCCUGCCCCCCAGACUCUCCAGUUCCCAAAGAAAGGUCCAAAUUACAGGUGCGCAGUUCCAGCGCCAUCCGAAGGGCGUCCUCCUUGGACGCCAUCACAGGGCCGUACCUCACUGGCCAGUGGCCUCGAGACUCCCAUGGACCGUACCCUUCCUGCAUGAAGGAUAAAGCUACACAGACUCCAGGUCUCUGGAAUGACGAAGGAGCAGAGCUGGGAAGUCCUCACCAGCGGUCGGCCUCGUGGGGCAGCGCAGACCAUCUCAAGGAGCAGAUUGCAAAGCUGAGGCUGCAGCUGCAGCGCAGCAAGCAGGUCACCCGGCAGAGCAAAGACCGCGAUCUACAGCUUCCCCAACUGUCGCUGCACGGAACCGCCGGCCAAACGCAGCACAAGGGCACUACAGCAGCUUUCCCCGCCGCACCUUUGACAAAAACCCUCAUCUGCAGAGUGCCGAGCAACGUGGAGGGCAUCAACCACGAGCUGGAGAACGUCUUCAUCAGAGAAGACUGGGAGCAGGGCAUGCAGGCCAUGGAGGCGGUAGACGGACGCCGCCCUCCCUUCCCCACCCACCGCCACAGCAUUGGCGGGAACACUCGGGACACGGACACUCAGGCUCCCUCCAGCGGCGACUCCAGCCCGUCGCCCCGCCCCUGCAGCGCCGACCUCCUGCAGUCGCCUGGCGGAAGCCCCUGCUCUGCAGAGGACACUGAUAAAGAAGGCGUCUGCAGUUCUCCUCUCCCCAAGUUUGCCACGUCCCCCAAACCCAACAACAGCUACAUGUUCAAGCGGGAGCCCCCUGAGGGAUGCGAGAAGGUCAAGGUGUUUGACGAGUUGAUGUCUGGAAAAUCCAAAGGCUUCCCGCUCUUCUCGUGUCCCGACAAAAAUAAGGUGAACUUCAUUCCGAGCGGCUCUGCCUUCUGCCCCGUCAAGCUCCUCUGCUCCUCCCUCUUCUCCACCGGCUCCGGUCUCCAUAGCAACAGCUCUCAGGUGCUGGCAGGAGACGGGAGCGCCGACUCUAGGGGUGGCGGGAAAUCUGGCAUUGACGGUCAGAGCCCCGAAGCAGAGGCGGGGAGGGACGGCUCAGCACAAGUGCUGCUCACCAGCUAGUUCUCAGGUAUCCACGACCACACCUGUCAGGUGACUGGUUAUUGACAGAAGACAAAACAAAAAAAGGAAAAACAAAUGAGCAAAAAAAAAAAAAAAGUUGCACUCUGAUAAUCCUAACGUUAGCCAGCAGGGGGCGCUCAAGGCCACCGAAGAACAGCAUCCUGUCUCCACAAGCUCUUUUGCUCCUGAAGAUUGAAGGAUUGCACCUGGCCUUUGGGCGGAGCCUCACCUCACCCAUCACUAACCUGACCCCGCCCCCAUGUACCACGAGACCAACCAUAGCAGGUUUAGCUUCAUUUUUCCAUUUAAUAGAAGUUACGCCUUUUUUUUUUUUUACAUUUGUCUGAAUGUAUUUGUAGCACAAAGACGGCAUCAGCUGCCUCGGUUCAGACCCGAACCUGAACAAACUGCUUUACGAGCGACCAAUCUUAACCCCCCCUCCCCAACUACUGCUCAGGUCAUCCAGCUCGCUUCGGCGCCUUUCCGCGGUCCCCGCCGCAUUCUCUUUUGGUUCACCGAGGAGCGGCGCCGCAUCCCUGAUGGUUCCUUUUCUGCUGUUAGAUACCAAAGCAAACUCCACAGCAGCCGAUGGACUUUUCUCCGGACAGAGGGAGGGUUUUUGUGCCAGAAUGUUUGUAGGAUUCAGCAGAAAACGCCACGUCGUGUGUGUUUUCAACAGCACUUACAUGGAAAAGAUAAUCACAACGUUUCCUUCCUUCAAUCAGAAAAGUGCAAUUUGAUUUUCUGAGCAGAAUCGAACUCCAGACGUGGGAAACGUUUCAGUUUCAGACGCUCCAGACUGGCAGCUUCCUCCAGAAGGUUGCAGGUCAAACUGUCCUCGUCUCCCAAUAAAGAAAACGACAAACUUC